UCUUAUUUGUCUGUAAAUGAAGUGUUAUUUUCAGUGUGUCUGAGAGCUCCGUCGUCCCGACCCGCCGGAAGUCUGCAUGAAGCUGCGUCUCCCACAGAGGCAACGGCGUCGACGUUUUUUUUUUUUUCUGUCUUCGUUUUUUUUUUUUUUUUUUUUAUUCGAGACUUUUUUUUUCUCUUUUUUUAUUUUCUCUCAGUGAGAUGAGCAGGGAGUGAGGAAUGGAGGCGUAGGGAGCGCGGAUGUUUGUGUUUACUCAGCGACCAAAGCUAAAGCACAUGAACACACAGGCCUCCUUGUAGCUAAAGCGAACAAAAGGAGGAAAAUUAAUGGAGAAAAUAUGGACGAUUCCCAUUUCAACUCAUCAUACUUUUGGUCUCCCGUCCCCACUGUUCAAGGACAGAUUGAGAACGCCAUGUUCCUGAACAAGGCAAAGGAGCAGCUAGGCCAGGAGAAGGGCAACGCGCCCUCCUUCCCUCAUCCAUCUGCGUCUUCCACCUCCUCCCCACACUACCCCACGGCUGUGCUGGCCAUUCCGGGCUCAAUGGAUGCAGGGGCUGGGAUGCGAGUGGUGCCCAAACAGGAAGCAGGAGGUGGCAGCAGCGGGCACAUGCAUCAGACGCACACCUCUCAGAACGUCACCGUUGUACCUGUUCCGUCCACAGGCAUCAUGACUGCAGCGGGGUUAGUGAUCACCACCCCUCAAGGCACACUGGUCCCCACGUCCUCCACCCAGUCCUUUGUAGCAGGACAUCCCACUGCCACCACCAUGAUAGUGUCUGCACUUCACCCCUCAAACAUCGAUAAGAAGCAGGACCUUGCCCUCCCUCCUGCUGUCGUCAUGCCGACGCCAUCAAAGCGAGGCAGGAAGAGCAAGCAGUUGAUGGGCAGACUGUCUGGAGUAGGCGGAGUCCUCCCUCCAGGAAGUGAUGCAUUGAUAUUAGCACAUCUAGCUGCCGGUGGACAGCAUCACUCUGCCGACCCAUAUGACCUGUCAAACGAUGAGGAUGAUCAUCCGAGCAAGGACGGCCCCAAAUCCUACAGGUGUCGGAUGUGUGCCGUGACGUUCUUCAGCAAGUCAGACAUGCAGAUCCACGCCAAGUCCCACACUGAGGCCAAGCCCCACAAGUGUCCCCACUGCUCCAAGUCGUUUGCCAACUCCAGCUAUCUGUCCCAGCACAUCCGCAUCCACAGCGGAGCCAAACCCUACACCUGCACCUACUGCCAGAAAACAUUCAGGCAGCUCAGUCACCUACAGCAGCACACACGAAACCACACUGAGGCCAAGCCCCACAAGUGUCCCCACUGCUCCAAGUCGUUUGCCAACUCCAGCUACCUGUCCCAGCACAUCCGCAUCCACACUGGGGCCAAGCCCUACUCCUGCUCCUACUGCCAGAAAACAUUCAGGCAGCUCAGUCACCUACAGCAGCACACACGGAUUCACACGGGUGACCGACCGUACAAGUGUAACCACCCUGGCUGUGACAAAUCUUUCACUCAGUUGUCCAACCUACAGUCUCACCGUCGGCAGCACAACAAAGACAAGCCCUUCAAGUGCCACAACUGUAACCGCGGUUACACAGACGCUGCCAGCCUGGAGGUGCACCUGUCCACGCACACUGUCAAACAUGCCAAGCUGUUUUCCUGUGGCCUCUGCAAUCGAUCCUACACCUCGGAAACGUAUCUAAUGAAACACAUGAGGAAGCACAACCCUGACCCACUAACCGUGGCAGCAACAUUAGCUGCUCAGCAGGCUCAGGGCCUCACACCAGGCAGGGGUCGCGGGCGUGGCCGGGGGAGAGGAGGCCGAGCGAACCAGCUCCAAAACCAGAACAACCCAAAUAACACCAACCAGAACCCUAACCCGGGACCCCCUGGCAGCUACCAGUCAUCCCAGCAACCCACAGAAGCUGUGGUCCAAUGUCCUUUUGACCUGCAUCAGUACAAGACAGUGUCGGCCAGUGAGAUCCAGUACAAACCGGUCUCGGUGGCAGACCUACCCGUGGUCCACAAAGACCUUUGCCUCACCGUCUCCACAUCGGCCAUACAGGUGGAGCACAUGAACUCGUAGGCUGCAUCUUCACACUCUGUUUGAGGAUUGACUUAUUAUUAUAUCUGCAGUGUAAAAAAAAAAGAAAGAAAAAUCCAUUCAAACAAGUAGUUUAAUGAAUUCAAUGUUGUUGCCUUUUAAAUCAAGAGAAAAUGGCAGAAAUGGUGGAAGUUUUUAUAAAAUAAGAACUAAACUGACUCUGAAAACAGAACAAGGCACCAGUAUAAUCAAUUUAGUGUCACUUCCUUGUGACUUGGAGUGGCAUUGGCUCUGUUUAAAAUAUUGAGUGAGAUUUAAUUCACUCUUUGCCAUUUUUUUUACCCUUAGUUUUAUAAGGCUUCAACAUUGAAUGCAACGUAAAACAAAAUACUUGUUUUAAACACAGAUAUUUUACUACUUAAUUCAUUGUUCCUGAGCUCACUGUGUUCAACGCUGGUAUAAAAAGUUACAACUUAAUCUAAGAUUAAUUUAGUCAAGUAAUUUAAUCCAUACUUUGUACAAAAGAACCCCUCAAACCAGCACUUUAGCUCUGAUUGUCUUCUUCUGCUCUUUUUUUUUUUAUUGCAUUGUUUGCAUUUAAAACCCCAGUAGGUUGUAACCCACAAUCCCAUGAUGAUGCAACACUCAGAACCAAAACAACAGCCAUUUUGGCAGGAAAACCAGCAACUUGUCUCUUCGAUGUUGCCUGUUUUCAUAUAAAGUGAAGAUGGUAUGGACAAGCAAAUGGGAAAAAACAUUUUCCCAGAUCCCCAAUGAUCCUGAGAUCUUGGAUCGCUGGAAAGGAACAUAGAAGAAGUAUGGAUGGGAAACCACAGGCAGUAAUCAUUUCCUAUCGGGUGUAGAAUACAACGCUAACCAUCUUUAAUAUCUUGUUCAUAUUACAUUUUUUAUUGCUAUAUAUAAGCAUUUUCUGGAGUAAGAUGACUUGGAGUUCAUCAGAAAGUUGGAAGAUGUUUCCAUGGCUCUGGAUGUGAGAUGCUGUUCAUUUUCCUGCCAACAUGGCAGAGUAAACAAACUGAGUUAUGUGACGGCAUCAUCUGAGGAUUAAGGUGUAAAAUAUCUGUGAAGUUAAAAAAAAAGAAAGAAAAAAGAGCAUUAUUCUCUGCACAUUUAUGGUCCAAAGAAUGAUGUCAUUUUAAAAAACAAACACAUAUUCAGAUCACAUUAAUCUGAACAUUUGCCAGUAUUUAGUUCAAGCCAAAACAUGGGAGUGACAGAAGACCAAGGUUUCAAUCAUGGAGAAAACUGUAGACAUUCACUCAUCACUGAGAGCAACUGAAACAGUGUGAGGAACGAGGAUGAACCGAGUUUGAGUUUCAAUGACGCUGUCGCAGUGGUUCGAGGAGCAGGGUGAAGAAAAGGGACGUGGAAUCAGGCUGGAUUUCUGUCUUUAUUUUCACAAUUUGCACCUCAGACGUCAACGAGCAAGAGGAACCCGUUUCUCUUGUCAGAGCCCAAAGUAUUGAACAGGUCACGACUGCGCUAAAAGCGAGGAAUCCUGCAGCAGAGCGAGAUGUAAAGACGAGAGACGGAUGGGUUCGGUGGAGAGGGAGAGGUCAAAAAGAAAGCACUUGAUGAAGCUUAUACUUCAUGCCUUUUUGUUUGUCAUCAUUGUACUUUUUUUUUUUUUUUUUUAAAUAUAUCAUGUAUGUAUUUUUCUACCAAUACAGGAACAUGUGAACUGAGGAGAGAAAGUCGAGAGAUGUGCGUGAAUGUGAUGGAAAUGGGUAAAUUCCGAACACGGUUGUUGUUUUUUCUGUUGUUUUUUACUUACUGUCCUCCAGGGAGUAAAAUCAGCCCAACGUUGUCGUCGGAGUGUUUGCUGGAGGAAAUAAUGAUUGUGUGAUUAAAAAAAUGGCUGACA